AUGAUAGGUGACCCAUGCACGAGCUCCAGCUCCCGGCCAUGCACAAGCUCCAGCUCCCGGCCAUGCACGAGCUCCAGCUCCAGGCCCUGCACGAGCUCCAGCUCCAGGCCCUGCACCAGUUCCAGCUCCAGGCCCUGCACCAGCUCCAGGCCCAGCACGAGCCCCAGCUCCACACCAGCUCCAGGCCCUGCACCAGCUCCAGGCCCUGCACCAGCUCCAGCUCCCGGCCCUGCACCAGCUCCAGCUCCCGGCCCUGCACGAGCUCCAGCUCCAGGCCCUGCACCAGCUCCAGCUUCAGGCCCUGCACCAGCUCCAGCUUCAGGCUCUGCACGAGCUUCAGCUCCAGGCCCUGCACGAGCUCCAGCUCCAGGCCCUGCACCAGCUCCAGGCCCUGCACCAGCUCCAGGCCCUGCACGAGCUCCAGCUCCCGGCCCUGCACCAGCUCCAGGCCCUGCACCAGCUCCAGCUCCCGGCCCUGCACCAGCUCCAGCUCCCGGCCCUGCACGAGCUCCAGCUCCAGGCCCUGCACCAGCUCCAGCUUCAGGCCCUGCACCAGCUCCAGCUCCAGGCUCUGCACGAGCUUCAGCUCCAGGCCCUGCACGAGCUCCAGCUCCAGGCCCUGCACCAGCUCCAGGCCCUGCACCAGCUCCAGGCCCUGCACGAGCUCCAGCUCCCGGCCCUGCACCAGCUCCAGCUCCCGGCCCUGCACGAGCUCCAGCUCCCGGCCCUGCACGAGCUCCAGCUCCAGGCUCUGCACCAGCUCCAGCUCCCGGCCAUGCACGAGCUCCAGCUCCCGACCAUGCACGAGCACGAGCUGCUCGCCAGCUGGCAAGAGCCGAGGGUGAACAUGUGAUGGAUCUUUGGGAAGUGAGCAAGCAGCUGAGGGUGGAUGCAGGAGAUGUGGCACUGAAGGAGCACCUCGCCAACUGUGCUUGCAAUGCGACAUACAUCAUGGCGGAUGAAGUGACAUGUCAGCAACUGGGAGCAGUUGGGAUCACUAGUCAGAUCCAAAAGGCCCGCUCGGACAUGAAAGAGAUGGAUCCAUCUGUGGUUGGCAGCUGGAAGAAAGCAGUGACUUCCGGGGACGGGCUGUACCACACAAGGGGGUAUUACAGCAAGAGCACUAAAGUUCUUGCUGUGGACUACAAAAAGAAUGCCCUUACAGCUGCUGUCCACCUCAGACAUCUCGCUGUUCGAAGGCACAGCCAAGGCAGCUGA